AAUACCUUGAGUCUUGAGUACCUUGUCCUUCCCCUCGAAGUCCUAGUCCUCCUAACCUAAAAAAAAUUUCGUGUUGGUAAAUUCUAGGUAGGGUAAAUUAAAAAUUUGUGCUGUUUUGUUGUGCAUAGUAGUGGAUCUAAUUCCUAAUCUACUCUCGUGUUUGCGUUUUUCUCCUGUCUAGGAUUCAACUUAGUGAAUAUUUAAAACUGUCAGGCAUACCGUGGACAUUACUUAGCUCUAAACUCUCCAGUCUCCAGGUACCGCAUUUAACAAGCCAAAAUGGGAGAAAUAGUAGAAAAACGAAUGGAGGCAUUUGCACCAGCUUUACUUCAAAUAAAGCAAAGCAACAUAUUUACGGAAGAAGAGAUAAAUAAACUCGUAAAUAAAAUACAUCAUCAUGAAUCCAAAAUGGUCAGUGGAAAACAAUGUUUGGAAGACUAUAAAGCGGCAAUUAAGUACGAAGAAGGAGUAUACAUGGAACUGCGGAGACGCAAAAAAGCCAAACAUGGCCUUCAAAAGAGUAAUCAUCUGGAUUGGAUAUUCAUAAAAAGAAUUAUGGCAACUUAUCGCAGAGGCUUAAAAAACUUUACUACGGAUUACAACUUUAACUUGGCCUUUUUUGAAUUUUUGAAAUUUUUCCCUGAGCAACAUCAACAUGUAGCUCGUGAUCAUGUUAAUAAGAUGAUACAGGUAUUUCAACAUGAACCAGAUGUGUUUAGACAAACAGCUGCCUGGUAUUUUCAAUGUGGAAAAAAUGACGAAGCCAGGCAUAUAUUGCUACGUGGACAAUCUCUUCAUCCAAAGAAUCUUUCAAUCUAUAUCGACCUCAUUGAAAUUGAGUUAAAAAACACCACAGAAAUCGGAAUCGAGAAUCGGCUUAAAAAAUACAUCGACACAAUUAUGAAGAAUAAUAUUAGUUAUAGAUUUUUAGAAGAGAUCAUUAAAAUUUUUGAAGGUAUUGAGAAUUUGAAGAAAACUAUCGAUUAUAUUAUAGAACAGCUACUUAUCAAAUAUAGAGAUGAGCCAGGAGUAUGGAAACUAAUUGCUUCAAGGGAAAUGCGGGGCAAUUAUUAUCCUUCUGGAGACGAAGACAAAAGAAGCACCAUAUAUUCCAUCGAAAGAGCUAUAUUAAGAUUCAGAGAAGGCAUUUCAAUACUGUCACCUGAUAAGCUACCUCAUUUAUGGAAAGAAUAUUUGAACAUGAUGAUAGAUCUCCAAAAAGACUACAAAAGUCCACAAACAGUCAGUUUCCUUAGAGAUGCUCUAGAAGAAGCUGGUAGAGCAAAAAUUGAUAUUUCUGAGUCGCAUUAUUUAGCAUGGAUUGAUUGCUGUUCCAAUAAUAAUACGCUUCUAGUUCAGAAAAUAGAAGAAGGUACUAAGAAACAUCCAACAUCCGCGUUAAUAUGGUCUAUAUAUUUGAAAUUGUAUAUCUGUCAGGACAAUCCGGAAUUCGCUAAAAAAGUAUUUGAAAAAGCGAUCAUUGCUGUGGGACCGCAAUCAUUAAAAAUAUGGGAGUGUUACAUUGACUUUAUCAUGCUUAGAUCUCCAACUGCGGAUGUAGAUGCUUUAUAUGAAGCGGCGAUUAAACAACCUCAUGAGGAAAUUACAAAAGUCCUAAAGCCUCGAUACCUAGUUUGGAUGAUUUCAACUAGAGGAAUUAAAGCGGGUCGGUCACUAUAUCUAAGAAUUGCGAAUCAGCCCCCUUACUGUAAAAAGCUUCACUGGGAAAUGUUAGUUGCUGACAAACAACAUGAUAUCAAAGUUGUGUCGACCGCUUUUCAAAAGCAAAUUCUGGAACUAUGGAUGCAGCAACUUGGUGUAGAUGACGUUGAGGUUCAUUUGCAAAGGAUUGAACAUGUUAAGGCACUUGGGGGCCCGGAUGUUACUGAAAGAGUACGUGAAGUGUACGAUGAGGCAAUAAGAACAUUGUCAGAUGAUACGAAAGUCGCUCUGUUUAAAAAGCUAUUGGAUAAAAUGGAUUAAUUCUGUUAAGUUUGGAGCCUAUUUCAAAUUUGUAUUCUUACUUUAAUUAUUGAAUUUUAAUCUAAAAUAAACAGCUGAAAAACAA